CAUGACAAACAAGUAAAAAAGACGUCCUAAAAUAUUGCUGAAAUUUCCAUACUUUUCGUGUGUGUCAAAAAGAACCUGAUGCUGAUCUCUUAUUGUUUCAAGAAUUAGGAAGAUGAAUAGUGGUAAAUUGGAUGAGACUAUGGCUGAGUCUUCAAGCAGGUUCACAGUAAAAAAUUAUGUUGAUAUUGUGGAAAAGCAAAAGCAUCAGUACGAUGCAUUCUUCUGCCUUAAGUUAUGGAGACCAAAACCUAGCUUACAACCUGAAGCAACCAAAUUCAUCAUCGAAAAAAUACUUAACAGCCCACAGAUGAAGGACACUAUUCAUCAGUUUCUUCACGAAGGACACAGUAAUCUCAAAAAUUAUGAAGAAGUUGUUGCGCAAAUAAAAACCAUUUUGGAAGAUAUGGGUCAUACUUAUAAGUUUAGUACUGUUCGACUAAUUGGAUUUUUCCUUGCCAAGCUACUGAGAAAUCUCUAUCAGGGUGUGGCAAUUAACAAUGCUGGUGUCUUAAAGCUUAGUAAGGCAAUGUCCCAGGGACCUGUUUUACUUCUACCUACACAUCGAAGCUAUGCAGAUUUCUUACUCAUCUCAUAUUUGUGUUAUACUAUGGAUAUCCCGCUUCCUAUUAUUGCAGCUGGAAUGGAUUUUAAAGGAAUGAAGUUUGUGAAUCGGAUGCUUCAAAACGCCGGAGCUUUUUACAUCAGGCGUUCUUUUGGUCAUGACCAGCUUUACUGGGCUGUGGUGUCUCAGUAUAUACAAUACCAUAUCGUAAACUUUCAAGCCCCCAUCGAAUUUUUCCUGGAAGGAACACGAAGUAGGAACGGUAAAAGUUUACCCCCCAAGACAGGCCUGUUAUCUAUGGCGCUUGAACCUUAUUUUAGGGGAGAUGUGCCCGAUGUUCAGAUUUGUACCGUCAAUAUUAGCUACGAACGCACGCUUGAAGAAAAGCUAUAUGCGUACGAGACCCUAGGAGUCCCUAAGCCAAGAGAGAGUACCUCGGGUUUUCUCAGCGCUGUUGGCAAGAUCAGAGGGCAGAAUUAUGGUCAAAUCUACAUUAACAUCUCAGAUCCAAUUUCAGUUCGAGAUCAUAUUAGUAAGCGCACUGAACCAAAUUGGAACACUCCUUCGUUUCGCUUUUCGUUGAGUGAAUACGAAAAAGAUAGUAUUCACUGUUUGGCCUGGUCUUUGAUUCGUAAGCAGCAAAAAGAAGCUAUUACUCCGGUUUCCGCCAUUGUGAUGUCGGCGCUAACGGUGAAUAAACAGCUCGGAAUUGAGCAGCUCGCUCAGUUGGUCAUUCUGAUGAAUUCGCUGUUGGCAAAAUAUGGAACUCCGUGUCUAAUCCAGAAUGAAAGUGCAGUUCAAUCUGUCAAAGACUGUCUUGAUGUCCAUAAGCUAAUUAUUCAUCCUGCCACUGAUGGAUUGUUUAGUUGCCAGACAACACUCCGGGAAGGUGAAGACGUUCAGACGGAGGCAGCAAACCGUCUAGUUUUACAGCAGUAUACGAAUCAACUGCUAGGUCCUCUAAUCAAUGUUGCUGUGUUUAGCUUAAUCGAAGCCAGCGAUCCCCAAGAAUCUAAUAUCAUCAGUGAAUCUGCGUUUUUUGCAAAGUAUUUUAAAAACGAAUUUGUUUUGAUCGGCAACUUAACUCAACAGGAAUUGGCUUCCUUUCAAGAAAACAUAACGAACGAAAUGCUCAAAAGGAUAUUGCGUGCCUUACUCCAACCAUAUUUAGAAUCUUACUUUAUUAUUCUGAAUUUGAUUGUCAUGGGAUUUUCAACCAUCAGUGAACUUACGCUUCAAUACAGGAACAUGGUUAGCACUGCUUUGGAGGAGGGUGCUAGCAAAUUUCCUGAAAUAUUGGCAAUUGAUAAAAUAUAUCGGCAUGUACUCAACCUUGUAGCCAACGGUCAUCUUCGCGGAGUAAAAACGAAUCAAACUACGAGCUACCAUCAGAUAGAUGACAUAUCACCGAUAAUCGUUCACAUAGAACCUUACUUGGAUGAAGGACUAAAACUAUUUAUGACAUCGCGUCGUAAAAAAACUGCCGUAAUGCAAUCACAUCUUUAAAAGCAUUUUGUUGGCAAAACGCCUGCGUUGUAUUGUUUUCUCACGUAGACACAGUUGUGUCACAGAUAUUAAGGUGCUUUUUCGAUUUUCUCAAGGUAUUUCUUUCUUUCUUUGUCGAUUGUUUCAUUUGCAUAACUUAGAUCUUUGGCAGGAUCGUCGUCAUUCAGAUUACUAGUGACCGGCUGUAAUAGUAAACCAACAGAUUAUUUGUAUUUUAAAAUUAGUUGUAGCUAUUAUAAAUUCUGUAUCAACAUUUUCGCGGCUCAAGGGAUUGAAGCGUAAAUGGUGGUGGGUAUACAUUAACGAUUUUAAAUUUCACUUACCAAAUGAGCGAACUGUAUUUCAAAUGUGUUGUGUAAGUAGUUGAUAUCACUUUUAUUCUCACCACCUUUUGGAAUUAUUACAGGAGAACUCAAAUCGAAUCGAAGCGGAUGGCUAUGAGAUAAUAGGUUGUUUUAUAGAAAUCCAUGCCGUCCAAAGUCCGAAUCAUUACCUAAAUUUUGUUGUAAAUGCCAAGUGUGAAAAUAGAUCUUUAGCCACCUU